AAGAAGAUUAAAUAAAACAGUACAAUCAUAUAGUUUGGAAACUGCAUUGGUUUCAAGAAAAAUAGAAGAUGAAGAUUUUGAUAGUUGCUGUCCUUGUGGCAUGUUUUAUGUAUUCCUAUGGUCAGGACACUAAAUGCCUUUUAGAAGAUCCAGAAGAUAGGAAGAUUGAUGGGGGAAGUCGAGCCCAGACACCUGAAAUGAUGCAAAAGAUUGAUGCUGCUUUGAUAGAAAACACUGAAGUAAAAAAAUCAGUGAACGAAAUAUCAGCCGAAAGAGUAGAACCGAUUGAAAAUAAACACUUUGCCCUUGACACUUGUCCAAGAAAACUAGGUUUCAUCACUUCCGUUAGUGUAAACAGUGAAACGUGCUAUGUUGUGUAUCCAAGACAACAGAGGGUGACCUACGCAAUCUGUGGAGGAAGUGAUUGCUAUGGGAACAAAUUAUACAGGAGUAGAUGCAUCAGAAAUGGAUGGACCAAGCUGAGGUUUUGGGUGUGGUGUCCAAAGUGUGGUUUCCGACUGAUUUCUAGGUGGUACCCACAAUGCUGUUCCUGCUACAGAUGGCGCAGUUGCUUCACAACAGCAUAAAAGAUAUAAAUAAAAUCUGAACUGCUUUUUUUACUUUAAGUUU